AUGUCUUCAACACGGUCUGAAUAUACAAUUGGUGGGGUGAAGAUUAACUUUCCUUGUAAAGCGUAUCCAUCACAGCUUGCUAUGAUGAAUGCUAUUGUCAGAGGAUUAAACAGUAAGCAACAUUGUUUGUUGGAAAGCCCUACAGGAAGUGGGAAAAGCUUAGCUUUACUUUGUUCUGCUUUAGCAUGGCAACAAUCUCUUAGUGGAAAGCCAAUGGAUGAAAACUUAAGUAAAAAAGCUGAAGUACCAUUGUCAUGUUGUUGUACAUGCCAUUCAAAGGAUUUUACAAAUGAUGACAUGAGCCAAGGAACUUCACAUCAUUUCAAUAGUCCCAGUAUACCCCCUUCUCAAAGAAAUGGCACUUCAUCACCUUGGCAAGGCUCUCCUGAAAAAACUACGCUGGCUGCAAAGUUAUCUGCCAAAAAACAAGCAUCCAUAUGCAGAGAUGAAAAUGAUGAUUUUCAAAGAGAGAAGAAAAGAAUUCGAUCCUUAGAAACUACACAGCAGAUUAGAAAACGUCAUUGUUUUGAAAAGGAAGUACACCAUUUGGAUACAAAAGUUGCUUCAGGAAAGACCACAAAACUCAGCUCCCCAUUAAGAAAGAUAAACUCCUUUUCUACACAGAAUCAAUCUGGUAACUGUUCUAGGUGCUGUUGUUCUAGCAAACAAGGAAACAGUCAAGAUUCUUCAAAUGCCAGUAAGAAGGAUCAUGGGGGGAAAUCCAAGGUACCAAAAAUAUAUUUUGGGACACGUACACACAAGCAGAUUGCUCAGAUUACUAGAGAGCUCCGGAGGACAGCGUACUCAGGGGUCCCAAUGACUGUUCUUUCCAGCAGAGAUCAUACUUGUGUCCAUCCUGAAGUAGUAGGUAACUUCAACAGAAAUGAAAAAUGCAUGGAAUUGCUGGAUGGGAAAAAUGGAAAAUCCUGCUAUUUUUAUCAUGGUGUUCAUAAAAUUAGUGGUCAGCAGACAUUCCAGACUCUCCAAGGGAUGGGCAAAGCCUGGGAUAUAGAAGAACUCAUCAGCUUGGGCAAAAAACUAAAGGCAUGUCCAUAUUACACAGCACGAGAACUUGUAGAAGAUGCUGAUAUAAUAUUUUGUCCCUACAACUAUCUUCUGGAUUCACAAAUAAGGGAAAGUAUGGAUAUCAAUCUGAAAGAACAGGUUGUCAUUUUAGAUGAAGCUCAUAACAUCGAGGACUGUGCUCGGGAAUCAGCAAGCUACAGUAUAACGGAAGUUCAGCUUCGGUUUGCUCGAGAUGAACUAGAUAGUAUGGUCAACAAUAACAUAAGGAAGAAAGACCAUGAACCCUUACAAGCUGUGUGCUACAGCCUCAUUAAUUGGUUAGAAGCAAACUCUGAACAGCUUGUGGAGCGGGAUUAUGAAUCAUCCUGUAAAAUAUGGAGUGGAAGUGAAAUGCUCUUAAAUUUACACAAAAUGGGUAUCACCACUGAUACUUUUCCCAUUUUGCAGGGACAUUUUUCUGCUGUCCUUCAAAAAGAAGAAAAAGUCUUAUCAAUUCAUGGAAAAGAGGAGGCAAGAGAAGUGCCUAUUAUUAGUGCUUCAACUCAAAUAAUGCUCAAAGGACUGUUUAUGGUACUUGACUAUCUUUUCAGGCAAAAUAGCAGGUUUGCAGAUGAUUAUAAAGUUGCUAUUCAACAGACUUAUUCUUGGAUAAAUCAGACUGAUACUUUAGAUAAAAAUGGGUUCUUUGCUGUACCAAAAAAUAAGAAACGUUCACGACAGAAAGUUGCAGUUCAUGUGCUAAACUUUUGGUGCUUAAAUCCAGCUGUGGCCUUUUCGGAUAUUAAUGGCAAAGUGUGGACGAUUAUUUUGACAUCUGGAACAUUAUCACCAAUGAAAUCCUUUUCAUCAGAACUUGGUGUUACAUUUACUAUCCAAUUGGAAGCUAAUCAUAUCAUUAAUAGCUCACAGGUUUGGGUCGGCACCAUUGGGUCAGGCCCCAGGGGUCGGAGUCUCUGUGCUACCUUCCAGCACACAGAAACAUUUGAGUUCCAGGAUGAAGUGGGGGCACUUGUGUUAUCCGUGUGCCAGACCAUGAGCCAAGGAAUUUUGUGUUUCUUGCCAUCUUACAAGUUACUAGAAAGGUUAAAAGAACGUUGGCUCUCCACUGGUUUAUGGCAAAAUCUGGAGUUGGUGAAGACAGUCAUCGUAGAACCACAGGGAGGAGAAAAAAAUGAUUUCGAUGAAUUACUGCAGGUGUAUUAUGAUGCAAUCAAGUACAAACGAGAGAAAGAUGGAGCCCUCCUGGUAGCAGUUUGCCGUGGGAAAGUGAGUGAGGGUCUGGAUUUCUCAGACGACAAUGCCCGUGCUGUCAUAACAAUAGGAAUUCCUUUUCCAAAUGUGAAAGAUCUUCAGGUUGAACUAAAGCGCCAGUAUAAUGACCAGCACUCAAAAUUGAGAGGUCUUUUACCUGGUCGUCAAUGGUAUGAAAUCCAAGCAUACAGGGCCUUAAACCAGGCCCUUGGUAGAUGUAUUCGACAUAAAAAUGAUUGGGGAGCUCUUAUUCUAGUGGAUGACCGCUUCAGGAGUAACCCAACUCGAUAUAUAUCUGGACUUUCUAAAUGGGUGCGGCAGCAAAUUCAGCACCACUCAACCUUUGAAAGUGCACUGGAGUCCUUGGCUGAAUUUUCCAAAAAGCACCAAAAGGUCAUUCCAAAAGCACCGAAGGUAUCCAAAGAGAACAGAAAGUCUAUACAGGACAGUCAGUCUACACUUGAAGUGCCUUGUUUGAAGGACAGUAACUCAACUUAUUUAUUAGAAACAGCAAGUCAUCUAUCACCAGAGAAUCCUAAGGAAGGUAAAACAAAACUGUGUGUCCAAAAACCGUGAUGUCCUGAAAUCAUAAUUCAAAGUUCUUCUCUACCAGGUGACAUCACCUCCAGAAAGGAUCAAAAUGAUCCAGUAUUAUUGGAGGAGUCUGGCGAGGCAAUGCAAGAAGAAAACAUUGUGUUUUCCAGAUCUUCAAGCCCAACCUUCAACAAACAAACAAACAGAGUUAGCUGGUCUAGUUUUAAUUCUUCAAGACAGUGUAUUACUGGUAAAAUUCUGACUGCAGCACCUAAGUUGAUGUCAUCAGAAGACUCUCAUUCUUCCACUUUCAAAACAGAAAAGGGUUGUGAAACUGGUUUGCCACUCACUGAUAAAUCUGAGUCCUCAUCUCUAGGAGUAAACCCCUCAUUUGAACCAUGUCCUCAGUCAGAAACUGUUAUUCCAUCAAUAAAGAUUGAUGCUGCUCUUCUUAAAAAUGAUCAUUCCAAACAGCUACUCUGCUGUGAAGAAGCCCUGGAUCCAGAUGUUGAGUUGUCUCUAGUAAGUGAAGAAGACAAACUUUCUACUUCAAAUAGAGAUUUUGAAACAGAAGCAGAAGAUGAAUCUAUCUAUUUUACACCUGAACUUUAUGACUCUGUAGAUACAAAUGAGGAAAAAAAUGAACCAGCUGAAACUGGUAGAAAUAAUUCAAAUUGUAUUUUAGCUGAAGAUCUUUUUAAAAUUAGACCUAUGAAAGAAGUAGAUUCAGCUGGGGAAAUGAAAGCUGAGGAUUGCACGGACACAAAGUUAAAUAGAGUCCUGCAUAUUAAAGAAAGUAAAGUUGAUGACAUUGGUAGCAAUAUAGAAACUCAUAACAACCAACUGGAACUGGAGGAAACUCAUGAAAUUGAGAUAAACAACUUUAAACAGUCUCCUUCCAAAAAUAAAGGUGUGUUCCCUGGUGUUAGGUAA